GCGGCGGCGGCGGAGAUCGAGACCAGGGCCGGAUAUGUCGGCGAGGCGAACGCGGUCCGGAGGGGCCGCCCAGAGCUCGGGGCCCGCGGCCCCAUCUCCUAAAUCUCUGCGGAGGUCCCAGCGGAAAUCAGGCUCUGAUCUCCCGAGUACCCUCCCUGCAAUCUGUCCAAAGGCACCCCAUGCAGCUCCCGUCAGAAAGCCCAUCGUCUUGAAGAAGAUCGUGGCCCAUGCCGCACAGAUCCCAUCUGUCAACUCGCCUCGAAGGAGCCCUAGGAUUGCUUUUUUCUUGGAGAAAGAAAACCACCUUCCCAGUAAGGAGCCUACGAAGGAGGACCUCUUCAAGACAUGUAGUGUCCCCAGCACACCCACCACCACACCUGUGCUGCAGCCCCUGAACGUCGAGUCCAACUCCGGGGAAGACCUGGACACCAGAGACCUAGAAAUGUCCAAGAAGGUCCGGCGGUCCUACAGCCGGCUGGAGACCCUCGGUGCCACCUCCACCCCGGGCCGCCACUCCUGCUUUGGCUUCGAGGGGCUGCUGAAGGUGGGGGACUUGUCUGGAGUCUCGCCCGUGGUGUGUUCGAAGUUAACUGAGGUCCCCAGGGUCCCUGCGCAGCCCUGGGCCCCAGACACCACUCUCCCGGGAAUCUCUCCACCAGUCGUAAAAGAGAAACGCAAGAAGAAGAAGCCGCCAGAGAUCCUGAAAUCGGAGCUGGAUGAGUGGGCCGCGGCCAUGAAUGCUGAAUUUGAAGCUGCUGAACAGUUUGAUCUCCUGGUUGAAUGAGAUGAAAUAGGGGUGUACCUGGCCACACUGUCCCUUCCUCCUCCUGUACAUAGUCCCCUCUCCCUGUGGAGAAGACAGUUGGGGUCCCCUCCCCUGGCCUUGUAACCUGCGCAUGUGCUGUUGCUACACAUGGGGGCCCGUCCCCUUAGGCUUGUGCAGCGGCAGCAGCCAUCUCUGCUUCAGGAAACAGGUCCUGCCUGGUGUCCUGCUGGUGUCCUGUCUCUAGUCGAGGCCCACUGUGCUCUCCUCCCGCCUCCCAGAGUCUCGCAGCCAGAGGAGGUGAAGGGGCUGGGGACUGCGUGAGAGAGUGCCUCUGCCUCUGCUCUCGUUGGGAGAUGUGGCUGCUCUGCACCAGCCCAACAGAAACGGGCGCCGAGGGCCCUGGCCGGCCUCGGGCUCUCUCCUCAUUGCCUUCUGUCGGUGGCUUGGUUCCCGGCCAUGAGCCCAUCUCUAUAAAGAGGCCUGGGUUUCCUCUUAGGCUCUGUAGAUGGUGCAGGAGAGAAUUCAUGGACCAGGGACGGUUCUGUCUGUGAGGCAGAAGCUGGGCACUCAGCCUUUAGAUUCUUUAAGUUUUGAAGGAGGGACUGGAGCCUUGGCUGGGUCUCAGACCGUAAGCCUUUACUCCACGGAAGCUGUUCUUUCUAGUUUUGUGUUCUGCUGUUGAGAUGGUUAGUUAGAUGCCAGGCUGCUGGAACCCUGGCCCCUGGGGACAAAGAGGGCUCAUUUCAGGGUGUGGCCGCCGCCAGGUGCCGCAGGCUCCAGACACACAGAACCCGAGACUCAGGGCAUCUGGACCAGACACCUGCACAGUCCGGAUCACUCACCCCUUUUUCUUACAAAACAAAGUGCACAGAGUCUGCUCAGCUGUAGAAGCAAGGUUGAUGGGUUGAACGGUCCUAUUCCCACAAGCAUUUUGCACCUACGCUUAUGAAGUUCUAGGAAGCUUUUCUCACGUGGCAGAAGGGACAGGGGUUGAGAGCAGUUUUAACUUUUAGCUUCUGUGAUGUCCUCCCACAUGAGGACACUGCCUGAGGGAAGUGCUAGGAGUUGAACUGGGGGGCUCGUUUCUUUGUCUCCAGGGAACCCUGCUUCCCUCCGUCCCAUUUCUCUUUUCUCAAUGCUGGCAAAGGUGUGCUUUCAGAGACUGCCCAGCCACGCCCUCCGCCGUGCCCAGGCACCUUUUGAUGUUCACAGGCGUGGAAAUAGAGGCUAAGAUGGGUGUGGAGGGCUGCUGGGUAGCAGAGAACGUCAGGGAAGAUGAGCGCUUGCCGGUUAGGGGACUUGAAACGGCGCAGGUCUCGUGGGCGCCGAUGAAACUCUUUACAAAGCCUGGGAGUCCCAGGCUACCUGUUCAAGGUUUCGCGCUUUGUCAGAGCCCGCAAGCAAGCCCCCCUUGCCCUGCACGCCAGAUGCCCUUGAGCUGGACCGCGCCUGAACGAUUCAUGUCCUCACCGGCUGGCGGGGAGGAACUCCUGGAAGAGUCCUACUGCUGCAGGACCGAGAGUAGCCGGAUGAUGUGGAGUCGAUGUCAUCGCUGCAAACUUCUCUCUGUUUCUGAAAAACUAAGACUGUGGAGUUUAAGGAAAAAUCAGAGUUUCUUUUUUAAAGUAAACCUGAUUAAAGGAUUUCUGCCUGUUCGUA